UUCAUUCAUUCAUUACCAUCUUUUUCCUCAGCCUGCUUGCGGUGCUUCACCUGUGUAUUUCCAGCUGUUUCUCCUCUGGACUGCUUGAAGUUUCCUCUGGAGUGUCCAGCCGGGCAGCGCUGCCUCUCAAGCGAGGCGUCUGGAAAGCGGGGCGGCAUCCAGCUGACGAUAUACGAGAAGAGCUGCGCCGUCUCCUCCCAGUGCGGCCUGGCAGGACAGAAGUACUCGGCGGGAAUCUACUUCAACUACACCAACGACUGCUGCGACACAGACCUGUGUAACGGGGCCGGCUCCGUGGCCGUGGCCGGCUGGGCGGGGGCGGCGCUCUGCCUGCUGCCCGCACUCACCCUCCUGCUGGCCUGA